CCAUAGAGACAAUGGGCAUGGUAAGUGUGUGCGUGACCUCUGUCAUUGGCUGAGGUUGCUGUGGAAAGUAGGCAGGUGAAGACUUCAAGUGUAACAGAGAUGGUUCAGUUAAGUAAACCUCUGUGAUGAUUAACCUGGUCUGAGACCUUUGUAAGGCUGCCCCUGUGCCUUUGGCAUCCUAGCCCAGAAGAAGUGUGUGAUCGGGAGCUGGCUGCAGCAACACCUCCUCUCUGCUGUGGAGAUCCGCCUGGCCUGUGUUAUACUGGAGGGACUGGGACUAUGCACAGGAUGGGACUCUGGCGCUGCCCUCCUCUCUCCACAAUGAAUUUGCUCUGCUUUUGGCCGAAGCCUAUCAGAAAUACCUCAGACAAACCAUACAAUGGGCUCAUCUCAGAGGGAAUCAAACAGGUGUCCUACCUGGCUAGUGUUCCCCGUCUGGGUCUGUCUCCUGGGGCUUCCUUCAGCCAGUGGGCCUGGCAACUGUUGCUAAGGCUGAAGCUCCAUGGCAACACACAGUACCCUCAAGCAGCCUGGUCCACCCCCGGAUCCGCCCAUAACCCCUCCGCUGAGAUCACUCACGCCCCCAACAUGCACCCUGUUCUUGGGGCUGUGAAGGCGGGCAUUCCCAUUGGCUGUUACCUGUCGAUCGCCAUGACCACUGUAGGUCACAGUCUGAAGGUGUUCUACACAGAGAGAGUGGAUCUGUAGAACAGUCUCAUUCAGUCUCGUCAUCU